CUAGUCGACAUAUGUAUUAAGUUUUACAGCCAACCAACAGUCUAACGUAGUGAGUUUCUCCGGAACACUAGAGGGCGCUGAAGCAUUUCUGUGCUGACCUUUAACCCGGAUGUUAGUCUAUCACAGACACACAUGUCGUUGAAAACACAAUCGUGUCUGCAUUAAAAUGGAAUUAAACCGCAAGAAAACGAGUUCCAAGGCUUUGCUGUCAUGUGGCAGCGGAGGAGGUCUCAGUGAGAAGCUCCUCCUCAAGCCAAAGACUGGCGGCUCCCUGCAGACAGAGAGAGUCCCUAGAAGCAGCGUGCUGGAUCGACUGCAGAGCUUCCUGCCUCAGAUGGCCGAGGCCAACGAGAAGCUGAGGCAGCAGAUGGAGGAGGCUCCCGCUGGACACUUCGACAUAGAGAGUGUGGAGGAAGCAGAGAAGGUCAUAGAGAUGGACGUAGCGCUGGUGGAGCUGGACGGGUCAGACAGCGACGAGGAGACGUCAGACUCUGAGGAGGAAUCGGACUCUGAGGAUGACGAUUGCGAGAUCACAGAGGAGAACCUGAAACUACCUGGAAACAAGAAGAAGAAAGCCAACAUCCAGGUUCUGAACCAGCAGACGGAGUAGACAAAUCAGCUGCACUGACCUUUGGUUUAGUUUCUUUUAAACAUGAGGCAUUGGGGGUUAAACUGCCUCUGGUGUAAAGUUUCCAACCCUCUUCAUGGACACAGAGACGGUGAACAGAGAGCUCCUGUGUGGAGACAUGCAGAUCUUACUAAUCCCUAUGGGAACAACACGGAAUAUUAUUUUGUACACAUUAAGUGCCUUUGGAGCCACAACAGAUGCUGUGAUUCAGUCCUCCAGUCCGGCCUCCACGUGACCUCUCAGUGUACAUGGUGUGUUCAGGGGCAACACUGCGGAUCAGCUCGUUUUUGUCUUCUCUUUUCAUCAGCAUGUGCACAUUCCUACAAUAUUUUAGACUGCAAAAUAGCUGUGCACAGCUACAAGAAGUAAAUAAGUGUGAUUAAGUCUGUGGUAAGAAAAUCAAAGCCUGCUACUUCUAGAUUCAUUAGUGAUUAUUUUAGGCUGUGGUGUUGGCUACCUUUAAUCCUAAAAAUGGAUUUUCUUUAAAUUGGCACAAAAUCCAGAUGAGUUAUUUUAGUUAAAGGUGAACUGCUUAUAUAUAUAUACUUCUAUUUGUAUAUGUAUAGCGGAUGAUAACAGUAACUACCUGCCAGACCAAGAAAUGCAGCACAAACAGCACAACCCUGAGUGUACUGAACUAAACAGAAAUGUAUUUUACUGCCUACAAAUUCAUCGGUCAGUGGAAUUAUUUUUUCAGUCUUGCAUUAAUUGGAAUCAGAGUUUGUGGUCUUCCUCUUCUUCUUCUUGUCCUUAUCUAUUGUAACAUUUUAUUGAACAUCACCAAGCACUGACCAGCGACAGUUUCCUUGUUUGAAAUGAGUCCCAUUAAGACCUAGUGUCUGCUCUGUGGAUUAGCCACAGGAACUGGAUCAUUGUUUCAGGAAGAGAGGUUCUGGCCGUUUUCUGGUGAACAGCACCUUUAUUCUUCAAUCUUCUGAUCUGUAGCUGGGAGUCCUGUUGUUGCUGAAUGCUGUAAAUAAAGAUUUUAUCGAGGGCAGAUGCUCAAAUUUGA